AUGGUGAUCGAAAGUACUAUGGUGUGUGUGGAUAACAGUGACUUCAUGAGAAAUGGAGACUUCACACCCACCCGACUCCAUGCCCAGCAAGAUGCUGUCAAUAUAGUGUGCUUGUCAAAAACUCGAUCAAAUCCUGAAAAUAAUGUGGGCCUUUUAGUUAUGUCUGAUGUUAAAGUCCUUGUCACUCUUACAACAGAUGUUGGUAGGAUAUUAUCUAAAUUACAUCAAGUUCAACCAAAUGGUUACAUCAAAUUUGGAACUGCCAUCAGAGUUGCUCAUUUGGCUCUGAAGCAUCGCCAAGGCAGGAAUCACAAAAUGAGAAUUGUGAUAUUUGUGGGAAGUCCAAUUGAAGAUGAUGAAAAAGAGUUGGUGAAAAUUGGUAAAAAAUUAAAGAAGGAAAAAGUGAAUGUUGAUGUAGUUAAUUUUGGAGAAGAGGCUUUGAACACAGAGAAACUGACUGUCCUCAUUAAUACUAUUAAUGGAAAAGAUGGUACAAGCUCUCAUCUUGUCACUGUUCCGCCCGGACCUGUAUUAUCUGAAGCUUUGUCGUCUUCUCCUGUUGUUGUAGGAGAAGAUGGAUCAGCACCAGGAUUGAAUGCUGUUGGAUAUGAGUUUGGAGUUGAUCCAAAUGAAGAUCCAGAGUUGGCUUUGGCUUUGAGAGUUUCAAUGGAAGAAGAAAGAGCUCGACAAGAAGAUGAAGCAAGAAAAGCUGCAAAUGCACCAACCCAAGAUGCUGAGAUGCCAUCUGCUGAGACGACAGCGACCACAGAAGAAGCAUUACUGGAGCAUGCUAUUAAGCAAUCAGUGAUGGGCAGUGAAAAUAUGGUUGGAGGUGCUUCAGGUUUUGCUGGAUCUACAGUUUCAGCACAAAGUGUCAGUGAUAUGGUCAUUGAUUCUCCUGCUAAUGUACCUGAUAUUGCAGCAAUGACUGAAGAAGAACAAGUUGCCUAUGCAAUGCAGAUGUCAUUGCAGCCAGGAAUGGUUGAGGCUGAUGCUCCAUCACCAAUGGAAACAGAAUCUGAAAAGAAGACUGAAGAAGAUGAUUACUCUGAAGUGAUGAAUGAUGCAGCAUUUGUGCAAAGUGUGUUGGAAAAUCUUCCUGGUGUGGAUCCACAAAGUGAGGCUAUUCGAAAUGCUAUGACUUCUCUCACCAAACCUGAUGACCAUAAAAAAGAUACUGAUAAGAAAGAUGGCAAGAAGUGA